AUGUCAAAUGUCAAAUUUUCGCAAAAAAACAUUGAAAAUUGUAAAUAAUUUUCAUGACUUUGUAAAUUCGUGGAAAAUGUAUGUUAUUAAUAUUGUGUGAAAGUCAAGAAACAUUUCAAAGUGAAUUUAAGAAAAGUUAAAAGACUUACGAUUAAACUUGUCUUCCACCUUCUUUGACAAAUUCAUGUUUGCUAUUUACACAACAACCGUUUCAUAUUUUACGCUAUUUACUCGGAACCGUGACGUGACACAUCGGCCGUAAAUAAAUUUGGAAACUGGCCAGCGCUUUUGUCAUCAUGACUUCUUCCCAAUCAGAUGAUUGUCAAAGUAAUGACCCAAAUAACUUAUUUCCGAAGGCAAUUGAAUCAUUACGGUUUCCAUUAGAUAGUACUAUGCGGAUUAUAUUCACUGGGUAUUUCAAUGGCUUUAAUGUUGAAGUGAGAUCAUCUGAAGAAAUGGCCAUGCUACAUCAUAUGGGGUGUUUUGGGAAAGGUUCGCUGUCUCGCUCUAAACCCAAAGUAAUACAAAAUGAUGACAGCCCAAGUAUGAUGAGAAAGAGACAGUUUCUUAAAAGGACUGACUGGCAGAAAAAGUUUAGUAAGUCGAAGGACACACAAGAGUCUGAUACAUUUUUCAGAGACAUAGAUGAGCUCACAGCAAAGAUUAUAAGAGAUAGUGAGAAGAGUAAAAAGAAAGAUGUCAUAGAUUUGGUGUCCAGUGAUGAUGAGGGAGAAGCUUGUGAAUCGGGGGAGGAAAUUCCUGUACCUAUUAACAUGGAUGCAUUUAGUACUUGUGAUAAACAGGAUCUUGUGGUUAUUGCUCCAGACAGUGAUUCAGAAGGAGAUAACUACUUUGCCAAUUUUAAACCUAAAUGUUGCCUCAAUAAAGUGAAGGUGCCAGAGAAAUUAAUGUUGACACCUUGUGAGGCAUUCUUCUUAUCAUAUGGGCUAGGCUGCUUACAAAUCCUGAAUAGUGAUGGAAAAGUGUUAAGUACAGACCAGUGUUGGCAACUGUUUUUGAAUAUAGACUUCAUGUUCAUUCCAAAAUAUGUAGUAUAUCAUUAUUUUAGAUCUAAAGGAUAUAUUGUAAAGCCUGGGAUUAAGUUUGGUGGAGAUUACUUGUUGUACAAGGAAGCUCCAGGAAUUAUGCAUGCAGAUUACAUUGUAGUGAUCAAAUGUGAGGAAGAACAGACUGACUGGGUUACCCUUCUUGGUCAUCUAAGAAUGGCAACUACAACAGUAAAGGAAAUUAUGCUAGCAGAAGUAAAAAAAACAGAUAUGGAUGUCGUAGAUAUUCCUGACAAUCUAAAUGUUUACAGUGUACGGGAAAUUGUGUUAUCAAGAAAAAUGCCAAUUGCAAUAAACGAAGAUGAUGAUUAAACAAUUUUUGUAUUUACACUACAUAACAACUACAUUAAAUUAUAAACUUUAUGCUCUUCUA